AUGCUUAUAUCAGCCACUAGCCAGUGUCGUCUUGCACGUGCAAGUCUCCCAUCGCAUUCCAGUGAACACGCCACACACAACCAAGGUCCGAUGACGCUGGCCUCGCUAGGAAGACGGACGUUCUCGAUUGGGAGAAGGAUAUCAGGACGAUCGAUAUCCACGUCCGAAGCACUCAUCCCAUCCAGCCAGCCGGCAGUCAUCGUAUCAACAUCACGGAACGAACGGACGGGGAAAAAAGAGACCCGGAAGACGACCGGCCGGCGACCUUCACUAGCAAACGUUAAGGAGGCCGAGCAGCCCGUCUUGCGCUCUCCAACCAAGCCCGCGAGAAGCUACCCGAUCCGGAAACAGUUCAUCUUCGAAUCCUAUCUCGACCUCUUCACCACCAACCAGGUCUGUCUCCUGUUCAGACACGAAGGUCUAACCUGCCGAGAAUGGAACUCGAUCCGCGGCAAAGUCAAAAACUUAUCAUCCUCGUCAUCCACGAUUGAUCCGACUCCCAUUCCGUUCGGAGAGUUCAAGUUCGAGCCCAGCGUCGAUGAUCCCCUUCGGAGUAAAAGCGCACCCCGAAUACAAGUCUUACGAACCAAAAUGAUCUUACCGGUCUUGAAGAGUUUGCUGAAGCAAUCUAAGAUAAGAAGGCAGACGUACGACUCGUUGAUAUACUCGGCAGGAUCCCCGAAGCCACCAACGUCCAAUCCGGCAUCCAAAUCUCUUUCGGCAGCGGAAGACAAGAAGAAGCAGAUGAAGGAAAAGAAGAACCUAACCGGCUCGCUGUUCUCCAUCAGUCAAGCCGACUUCGACCCCUCUCAGAUCAAACAAGUCCUUCAAAUCAUUGCCGCCCAUGGACCCGAUCCGAGCCAACAACAGGAAGCCCCUAAGAAACCAGCCGGUACACACGACCCAAACCUAUCCAAGGAGAAGAUCAAGUUCCUUAUCGGUUUCAUCGACCGUUCGAUCUGCAAAGACACCUCUGACUUGCAAAGAUUCUCCAACCUUAACUCCCUCGAUAACUCUCGCUCUCAAAUCAUCGGCAUCAUCAGUCGCUUCAGUUCCGACCUACUUUUUAAUCUUAAUCAAGCCAGAGCUUCUCAAUUAGUUCAUACCCUCAAAGGCUUUCAGAAAACUCUUGAAGAUCAAGCUCAACAAGAUGCUCCUGCCCCGGAUCAAUCCUCUCCUGAUCAACCCACUCCUACAGAAUAA